AUGCCCCACUCCAGCCUACAUUCGUCCAUCCCUCGGCACAGAGGUCAUGGCAUUCAGAAGGCAGCCUUAGUCCUGUUGAGCGCUUGCUUAAUGGCCCUUUGGUGGCUAGGGGACUCAUCAGACCACACUCUCCAGUGGCUGAUAUUCCACCUAGCCUCCCUGCAAAUGGGACUGUUGCUAAAGGAGGUCUGCACUCUGGCUGAGGAGCUGCGUCACAUCCAUUCCAGGUACCAGGGCAGCUACUGGAGGGCUAUGCGGGCCUGUGUGGGCUGUCCCAUCCGACGUGGAGCCUUACUGCUACUGUCCUGUUAUUUCUACUUCUCCCUCCCAAACAUGGACGACCUGCCCCUCACUUGGAUGCUUGCCCUCCUGGGCCUAUUGCAGUCUGUGAACAUCCUCCUGAACCUCCAGGGCCUGACCCCAGCUGAGGUCUCUGCAGUCUGUGAAAAAGGGAACUUUAGCGUGGCCCACGGGCUGGCAUGGUCAUAUUACAUCGGGUACCUUCAGCUGAUCCUUCCAGGGCUCAGGGACCGAAUCCGAAUGUAUAAUUUGAAUCACAAGAACGUACUACAGGGCAUAAGGAGCCAACGGCUAUACAUCCUCUUCCCAUUGGACUGUGGAGUGCCCAAUGACCUGAGUGUGGUUGACCCCAACAUUCGCUUUUUGCAUCAACUGCCUGUGCAUAGCGCUGACUGUGCUGGCAUCAAGGGCCGGGUUUAUACCAACAGUGUCUACGAGCUUCUGGAGCAUGGACAGCAAGCAGGCGUCUGUGUCCUGGAGUAUGCAACCCCUUUGAAGACACUGUUUGCCAUGUCACAGGAUGGCCGAGCUGGCUUUAGCCGGGAGAAUCGGCUUGAGCAGGCCAAACUCUUCUGCCGGACACUUGAGGACAUCCUGGCUGAUGCCCCCGAGUUCCAGAACAACUGCCGCUUCAUUGUCUACCAGGAGUCUGCAGAGGAAGGCAGCUUCUCAAUAUCCCAGGAAAUUCUCCGGCACCUGCGGCAGGAGGAAAAGGAAGAGGUUACUGUGGGGAACUCAGUUUUGCCCAGUCCCUCCUUGCCUAGUACCUCCUCACUGUCCCAAGAGCCCAGGUUCCUCAUUAGUGACAUAGAACAACCUCUCCCACUCCGCACGGAUGUCUUCUGA